AUGGCGUCCGCGUUGACCUCCCCCAAAGCCGCCUCCAGGCAGGCGCCGUUCAUUGGGACCCAGGUGCCCUGCGCCGUGCCAGCGGUGUGCGUCUCUCGGGCGUCGCGCCAGGUGGUGAGGGCCGCGUCUGACAGGCCAAUAUGGCUUCCAGGGGCUGAACGGCCAGACUAUCUGGACGGAUCGCUCCCUGGCGACUUCGGGUAUGACCCCCUGGGGCUGGGCAAGGACCCAGAGGCUCUGAAAUGGUAUGCACAGGCAGAGCUUGUGCAUGCUCGGUUCGCCAUGCUCGGAGUGGCUGGCAUGUUGCUGCCAAAUCUUGUAGCGGAAUUGGGAAUCAAGUGGCCCGGAGCUGGCGUCAAGUGGUAUGAUGCUGGAGCAUUCGACGGCUACUUUGGCUCCGCAGCUCUGAUUUAUGCGCUGCAGAUUAUCUUGAUGGGUUGGGCCGAGAUGAGGAGGUACCAGGACUAUGUGAAGCCUGGGUCAGUGAAUCAGGACCCUAUCUUCACCUCCAACAGUCUCCCCUCUGACAACACCCCAGGGUACCCAGGUGGCAUCUUCGACCCCUUUGGCUGGUCCAAGGGUGACCUCGACAAUCUGAAGCUGAAGGAGAUCAAGAAUGGGCGGUUGGCUAUGUUCGCCAGCUUGGGGUUCUAUGCACAGGCUUGGAAGACUGGUGACGGCCCAUUGGAGAACUGGACUGCGCAUUUGGCUGACCCUUGGACUAACAACGUGUGGAAUGCGGAUGUUGCCAAGCUUUUGGGGCAGUGA